CUGAAGAGAAAAAGGCGGUUGGGGAAGGGAAUGUCUAUCUUUAGUAAGGGUCCUUACAAAAGGAAGAAGCCGGGACCGGUUGCCGACCUACCCGCAUCUUAUCAGAUAAAGGACUCCCAUUUACCAGGAAACCCCCCCUAUCUCACCGGCUUGCAAGAAGAACAGAGGUAGGUUGUGUAAAAUACGGAAGAUAAGGGACACGAACGUCUCCUCCUAACCACCACCACGUCUUCGCCUAGCCGCUUUUCCUGGUCCUUACACGUCAUUAUGUUCGCCUUGCGCCGGGUCGCUGCACUUGUUCUCGGCCAGGACAAUUCACCCCAAGGCCUUCAUGCAGAACUCGAGGCAUCAGCAGUGCCAGUCACCAACGCUCAGUGCAGGUCCUGUCCAGAUCCUUGCAAUGAUGGGCACGAGGGGUACCCCAAAUUUGAUGUAGACAUGGAAUCGCAUAUGCUUGGAAGUGUGAAGCCAUACCGUCGGCAGCUCGUCAUCUCCACGGGGAAAACUGACUGGGACAGAGAAGUCACCGACACCAAGGGUUCUCUUGCUGCCUUUCUCUCACAGGUCGAACAUCGACGACUCCAUGUUGCACAUCCACGACGGCCAAGUGUAACCGCUGUAUCUCGUUCACCCCCGGCUGAUUCCAUUCUUCUUGAAGAAAAAGUUUGCAGCAUCGUUUCUCCCCAUAAUCCUCUACCACCACCACCACCACCACCACCUUCUCACAAUACCUCUGGCGUGUUCAACGCUACAGAUUCAAAGAGGGUAUCAAUCCUGAAUGGCAGCCAUAAUACACUGUGCCACGAUCCAGACUAUGAGACGAUUCUAGUUUUCCCCGAUUACAAAUUGGUGACGGAGGUUCCGCGAUCCGUUGAGGGUGCACAGAACCUAUGGGACACCUGUGUCGAUCCAGAACUUGGACGAGCGGGCGGGGUGCUUGAGAAGAGUCCAUUCAAUUCUUGGGUUAUACCCUAUGCGUGUGUGAUCCUCCUCUGCUCGCAUAAAAAACGUGACAAACGAUGCUCCAUCGCCGCGGCAAAACUCGAGCAUGCGUUUACACAGACCCUUGAAUCCAAAGAGUGGACUGUAGAUACCCAGCUGGAGCACCCUAUGGAAGAGCCGUUGGAGGAAUUCGUUGGAUCGCUAGAGGAGCAGGAGGAGAAUGUCACUCGACAUUUGCGGGAACUCCAAGGAAAGAAAAAAGCGUUGAUUAUACGCAAUUCACAUAUUGGGGGCCAUCGGUAUGCGGGGAAUUGUAUCAUUUACACUCCGCGAGGCACUGGUGUAUGGUAUGGUCGCGUGUCGACGCAUGAAGUUGAUUCGAUUGUGGCAAAUACGAUUGAGGACGGGUUGGUUCUGCCCAAGCUGCUCCGAGGGGGUGUGAAUAUCUCGCGGCCCGGUUGUAGCAACUUGCAUGAUUGGUGACCAGGACCGCCUGAGAUGGGGUAUUUAUUCAUUCGCUCGUUCGUUAUUGUAUUUUGCUUUCUCUUCGGUUUCUGAGUCGAUUGGUUGAUUAAUAUCUUGAAGUAGUCGUAUGUAAGAUCUUGUUAAUAUAAUACACGUUUAUAAGCUUUGUCAUGGUGGAGGGACCGGAAGGUUGAAGACUGAUUCCAAUAACGAUUAUCAUUGCACCCGCCCAAGUUGAAGCUG